GGCCGGCGCGGCCGGCGCUGAGCGCCAGGAGGCAGCGCCCGGCGGCGCCCGGCUGCCGCGAUGAGCGGCGGGGAGGUGGUGUGCUCGGGCUGGCUCCGAAAGUCACCGCCGGAGAAGAAGUUGCGGAGAUACGCAUGGAAGAAACGCUGGUUCGUCCUGCGCAGUGGUCGGAUGAGUGGCGACCCCGACGUUCUGGAGUACUACAAAAAUGACCACUCCAAGAAACCUUUGCGUGUGAUCAACCUCAAUUUCUGUGAGCAAGUGGACGCGGGCCUGACCUUCAACAAGAAGGAACUGCAGGACAGCUACAUCUUUGACAUCAAGACAAGUGACAGGACCUUCUACCUGGUGGCUGAGACUGAGGACGACAUGAACAAAUGGGUUCGCAGCAUCUGUCAGAUCUGUGGCUUCAACCAGUCCGAGGAGAACACAGACACCCUGAGGAGCAUUGCCUCCAUGAACCACGCACCACGGUCCUCCCCGGCAGAGCUCAGCAGUGCCAGCCACCACCUGCUGCGAGAGCGCAAGUCCUCAGCACCAUCCCACUCCAGCCAGCCCACCCUGUUCACCUUCGAUUCACCUGCCAGCCACCUCCAGAGCACCCUGUCUGCCAGUGCCCCCCAGGACUACCUUUUUCUCCACCAGUGCAUGAGCAGAAAGUCAGAAAAUGCAAGGAGUGCCAGCUUCUCGCAAGCCACACGGUCUGCCUUCUUCAUGCGGAGCGACACAGCGGUCCAGAAGCUCUCUCAGGGCAAUGGGCACUGCGUGAAUGGGGUUGCUGGGCAGCUCCAUGGCUUUUACAGUCUGCCAAAACCCAGCCGGCACAACUCGGAGUUCAGGGACAGUGCGCAUGAUCUCCCACGCGCCUUUGGCUCCUACACCCACCCCAAGUCAAGCCUCACCAGCUCUGAAACAGAUAAUGAGGAGGUCUACACCUACAAGACUCCCAACAACACCCUAUGCAAGGAGUUUGGGGAGCUCUCCACGGACUCCUAUGACAUCCCUGCCACCCCGCUCUCCAUCUACCAGAUCCCCAGGACAUUUACACUGGACAAGAAUCACAACGCUUUGGCUGUGGCCGCCAGCGACUCACCCGCUGCUCCACCCCCACGGCCCCCGAAACCCGGGCAGACGGAGCCACGAUGGGGCAGCCCGCCCCAGCGACUCCAGCCCAGUGAAAAUCUAGGUCUGGCCCCCAUGGCAGCCACCAUUCCACGGAGAAACACAUUGCCUGCGGUGGAGAACAGCAGAUUGCACCGAGCUUCUUCUUGCGAGACGUACGAGUACCCCCAGCACGGGGGCGGCAGUGCCGUGCAGUCGGUCGAGUCCAUGAACGAUGGGUACAACUCCUACCUGCAAGCCAAGGCGGCAGUGGCCCGCUCCCACAGUACCGACUCCGAGGACAACUACGUCCCCAUGAACCCUGGUUCCUCGCCCCUAAUCCAUGCCGAGAAAGCCAACGACAACGCCCAAAACCUCUACAUCCCCAUGAGCCCUGGGCCGCAUCACUUUGACCUGGUGGGGUUGUCCUCAGCCACCCUUCCUGUGCAUAAAGGAGGAGCCAUGAUGCAGUGUCACAGACGACUGAGUGAAAUCCAGCCCCCACCUGUCAACCGCAACCUCAAACCCGACCGGAAAGCAAAGCCAUCACCACUGGACCUGAGGAACAACACUGUCAUCGAUGAGCUUCCCUUCAAAUCACCAGUCACAAAAUCCUGGUCCAGGCCAACCCAGACGUUCAACGCGGGCUCUCUGCAGUACUGUCGCCCUGUCUCCUCCCAGAGCAUCACCAGCACUGACUCGGGAGACAGCGAGGAGAACUACGUGGCGAUGCAAAACCCCAUUUCUGCUUCUCCUGUUCCUAGUGGUACCAACAGCCCAGCGCCUAAAAAGAGUUCGGGGAGUGUGGAUUACUUGGCCCUGGACUUCCAGCCAAGCUCUCCAGGGCCACACAGAAAGCCCUCCACCUCGUCGGUCGCCUCAGAUGAGAAGGUUGAUUACGUGCAAGUGGACAAGGAGAAGACACAGGCACUGCAGAGCACCAUGCAGGAGUGGACUGAUGUGCGGCAGUCCUCGGAGCCUGCCAAGAGCGUGAAGCAGUAGUGCCUGCAGCAGGCAUCAAAGCAGGCCAAUGUCCUGUCAGUUUUCCCCAGCUCCUCUUGAGCUGGAUUUCUAAGACUUGUCUGUGGAGGGAAGGGGGUCUCAUUAUUUUUUUUUCUCUUAAAACAAAACAAAACUUAAUUUCAAGGGAAGACUUGGCGGAUACUGUUUGCCAGUGAUAAAGACCAACUAUGUUCGGUGGCUAGUUUUGUGCUUUUAGCUGCUGGAUGCACUAUCCAGGAACUUCGACUUAGCAAUAUCAGGUUUCACCCUACACAUCUUUUGCUUGCAGCUGUCAAAGCCACCUUGUAUGUGCUAACACUGCAUCAUCUCUCCCCGUCUUCUUCCAUACCGUACCCCAAACCAUGCCAUGCAGGUUUGCAGCCUCUCCCAUGGGACAUCAUUCCUCAGCUCUGAUUCUCCAUUCCUUAUGGUUGUCCUCUUCUCUGCCUCAUCCCAAUCCCAAAACUUAGCAAGGACCAUUCCUUUUGAAAUCACUUUUGUUGUCUGAUCUCUUGUAAAUAAUAUACUCAAAACCUCUGAGGGCUGUUCUCCUCCUGGUCAGAACUGCCCCUGUGGUUUUGGUUGGAGUUGUUAACUUUAAAGAGCUUGAGGAGCAUCCACACUGUCGCAUUGAGCUGACUUAGAAGCCCAGGAUUUACCCCAUCGUGCACACAGACAUGCUGGCACACACUCACACAAGUUUGUUGGGGUGUCUUCUGUUGAUAUUUUCCAGCAUCUCUCAAAGUCAAUGGGCUGCAGAGAUUGGCUUUGGAAGGUAGAAUUUAAGCCCUGACCCACUGCCUAUCUGAAAUCACUUCCUGUGAAUCUGAUUCCAAGAACCAAAAUCUGCCCUUUGUGGCACCAAAAGAAGCCCAUAUAGUGAGAGUCCUACAUCUGUGGCCAUUGUGAGAAGCUCUGAGGGGUGCAGGGGGGCUCUGGAGACCCUGUGUAUCUGGACUGGUGUAAGGAUGAGUGACAAGAAGGGAGUGGAAGGCUGCUGCAAGGAUGGGGAGAAGGCAGAUGGAGAGGUUGGUCUUGAGUGAGGAAGUCUGGUGGAACGUUUCUUGGAAGAAAGGAGGAGAGUAAUUGAAAUGUUGGUUGAUGGUGAGGUCAUACGCUUGGGAAGAGGCUGGUCAGGACAGUCAGGGCAAGAUGUUUCAAUAUUAGCUUUAACAUAGCAUUAUGGUUGGUUUGUGGAAGGUCCAAAAGGCUGGACUGUUUUCUCCUCAUCUUCAGCGAUGUUCAUCGCAGAAAUGGGGCUUGCUGACAUUAACAACCCUACACUGUGAUUAUGGGUGGGAAUCUGCUGUUGCCCCUUGCCAGCAUCCUUAACACAUCCGGGCUUUGGGAUCACUCUCCAGGCAGCUGCUGGAUGCAGAGAGACAAGAAGGAUGAGACAGUUUAAUGCAGAGAUAAUAAUUCAUGAUCUCAUGAAAACAGGAAGAACUUAUGAUUACCAUGGAGCAGCCUGAUUGCCAGACAGCAAGCGCUGACACGGAUAAGCAGGUUGACUGCAAACCGAGAGCCAAAUGAAGGAGACAUUAGAAAGAUGAGGUAAUAAUAUUUAUUAAAUAGCUGGAGCUUUUCCUUCUGCAAGCUGAACCUCUCCCAGUGCCAUGAGCUCUGUGUUCCACCAAACCCACCAAGUUGUAUUGAUUAUUAAUACUUAAGCAUUAACACAUUUGUUUAAUCUUGGUUUGAGUUUGGAAAGGGCCAGACAUGACCCACACGGGAUACCAGUCCCUUAAGGGUAUGCUGGUAAAAUAACUUUUGAACUUCCAACACCAUUUUACAUUUUCUUCUUGCAUGCCAUGACAGGGAAGGAUGUUAAUGGAAAAGCUCUGAAAACCCAUUUAAGGCACGGAAGUGUUGGGCUUUGACAGAAAUAAUGAAGCAAAUAUCCUAAUGCUCAUGGUAAAAAUAAUAACCACUAGAAGAAAAAAAAACCCCAAGGGGAAGAUUUAGCACAGUCAGAUGCUUUCUGAAGGUCAGGGAGUGUGUUACAGCCUGUAAGGGCCAUUGCCUCCUGUUGGGGUCUUGCACACUUGUCUGGUGAGAUGAUGAAGGCUA